GUGUCUCUUCUCUCGGGUGGACAGCAGAUACCUGCACUUGAUCUGAAAGCUAUGUAUAGUGGAAUUUGCAUCUGCCUGUUCCUGGCUGUGCUGUCCUCAAGCUCCUUGGGACAGCAGAUAUCUGGAUCCCAACAUGCCAAUCCUGCGGUGACAGAUCUUGAGCAGAGUUUGCUAGAAAAUCACCGGCACACACGUAUUCCAACCUCAGGGAGACCUAUCCAGCUGGUAGAUGGCAGCAUUGAUCAAAAAGCCAACCUUGGAGCUCUGUUAGCCAAAUAUCUCCAGCAAGCCCGAAGAGGUUCUACCGGGAAGGCCUCUGUGAUGGGAUUACAGAAUUUUGACCCUACACACAGGAUAAAGGACAGAGACUACAUGGGCUGGAUGGAUUUUGGACGUCGCAGUGCUGAAGAAUAUGAAUACUCCUCUUAAAGAUUGUCCACCUUUGCUUAAAAUAAAUGAAAAUCAAGUCCUUGUACAGAAAUAUGUUUUUCUGUAUAGAAAAAUGUUGACAUCCUUUACAAAUUGGUGUUUAAAAAAUAUAUGUAUUUGAUGUAAAUUUGUCUGUAAAACUAUACAAUUAUAUUAUAUAAACAUAUGCAGAAUUUUCAAGAAAAACAUCUUUCUCCUUGAGUUUCUUACUAUCCACUGUGGAUACAUUUAAAGUAUCUCAUUCAUUUCUUGAUAAUUUUAUCACUGCAAAAGAAAUUGUUUGAAAAUUAACACAUGAACCAUUUGUUAAUCUGAGCAAUUUAUGCGUGAGAUGAGAAAAAUGAUAUCACCCAUGGGUCAGAUUCAGACACACUCAAAAGUAAUACUGUUGUCAUCAGUGAGACUUAAAUUUGUCAUGAUCAACUGAAUGGACUACAAUGAGUCUCCUCUACCUAUGACUAAAUCUAGAUUUGAUUCUAUUUGUCUAGAUGUUAAAACUAUAGAAGAGUCAUUAUGGCAGUGCAUUUACAAUUUAGUCAAAUAAUUUUCUAGCCAUAUUAUGAUCUCUGGUUAUUUGAUUUUGUGCAAUAAAUGUGAAAAAUCUGCUAAAAUCAUUCAUACUAGAAUAAACAGAACAUUCCCUG